AACGCGAGCCAUUAUCCUGCAGUGUUUUGAACCCCGUGUUCCCAAAAGCUACCGCAAUGGAUAUCGACACCGACUUUGAACGAACCAUCAACAGCGCCAUGGAGGCACUGGAACACGCGGCCGAAGAUAGCUACGACGGGGACUUCAAGGAGCGGUUUGAUCAUCGCUACGAAGGAAGCUGGUCAGAUAACAACCUCAAUGAAAAGCAACAGUACACGGACGGGGAAAAGGAGGAACCGGUCUACAUCGAAGAGUGUAACCCGUACGAGAAAUUCAGUAUUCCGAGCGAGCCUCCGCCAAAUCUUCAGCUGCAGGCGUGUCCGAUCUGUUCGCGAAAAUUCGCUUCAACCUCCUUGCUGAAACAUAUCGGAAUUUGUGAGCGAGUCCAGACGAAGAAGCGGAAACCGUUCGAUUCGUCCAGGCAGCGACGGGAGGGAACUGAGCUAGCUUCUUACUUGCCGAAAAAUUUUGGACUGCCCCAUAAGACGGUAAGCGGUUCGCAUGAGGCGAUCCCGGUGCGAAAACUGAGCCUCAGCAAGACGCCAACGUUCGAGCGUAAGGAAUUCAAUGCUACGGCCAUGUCCACGUCGAUGCCGAGCUCAACGAGCACACCGAAACCAGCCUUGAAGCGCAGCAUGUCGCAGCAGAACGAACCCUGUCCGUACUGUGAGCGGUGUUUCGGCAUGAAGGCUUACGACCGGCACGUUGAGUGGUGCCGAGAAAAAGCGCUCCUGAGUAAGCAUGUGAACAACAAUCAAAGCAUAUCGGCAGCCAAGGAAAGAUACCAGGCCAGAAUCCAGUACCGGGCACCGCAGCUAAGAUCGAAGCGCGCCUUCAAUCGGGAUAAAUAUUCCGGCAGUCUGAGUUGCGGUGGUUCAACCAGCAGCCUGGCGGAACUGGACCUGCACAUGCCGCGCCACAACUCCAUGAGCUCGUCCGUAUCGAGCGACAAUGGAUACAGCCCUGACCGGUACGAUCCAUUCCUCUCCGCCAGGAGACAGCUCGAAGAGUUGUUCUCUCCUGCCACCUCCCUCAUCCACACGAGUUCUCCGGCGGGUACGACGAGCACCUCCCGGCUGAACCAGACCGCCGGCGCCGACAGUAAAUCGACCGGCGGUGGUACUGCAUCGAAAACGUCUCCCCUGAACUCGAACUUUCGUCGUGCAUAUUCUUUGCGAAUGCCGCGCAAAGUGUCCCGACCAAUGUACAUCGAGAAGGCAAAGUCCAACAUACAGAAGGGCAUCACCGACGACGGGCCGGUGUCGCCGAACUUCCUCAAGUCCUCCGAGUACGACGAGAUACCGAUUAAGUCAACCUUCAACGCGCUGCAGAUGGUCGAGAAACCGAAGCUACGCGAUUCGAGCACGGUGCGAAAGAAUCUCAAGCUGGACAUUAAGGAUCUUAAUCACCCGGCGGCGCCCGGCGGCGGAGAUCUGCCACUCUCGAAGACCGACUCGUUGGCCGUAUUUUUAAAGUACGAAACCGAGCUGGCGCUCAGCGAAAAGGACAUGAAAGACAAGAGUAAUAGCAUCAGCAAACGGUCGUCGUCGCUGAGCGCAGAAGCCGCAACGCAGGCAAAAAAGCAAGAUUGCUCCAAUAACAAUAAUGUGCCUGCUGCCGCCGCCGCCCCCCACGCUACAACGGCACUGAAACCCGAAACGCCCACAUCGGAGCCGCCGGAACAAAAAAUCGUCACCCGUAGCGUACCGAGCGCGGAAGAGAAUCUCGCCAAGAAGCAAACGCUUCCAAAGUUGGUCCCAAUCAAAUUGGAACCGAUCAAUAUAACGUACGGCAGCGGCGGGGGCAGCGCCAGCGAGAGUACGAACCUGCGACCGACCGUAAUAUCGCUAGACGCGAUUAUCGGCAAGGGUGGCAGUAAUGCGAAACCGAAACCACAAUUCGAACGGGAAACCCGUCCCGACGUUAGUUAUAUCGAUCCAAAGCUUAUAAAUAAAUGUGAUAACUUACCAAUUAAUCUUGUAAAGACGGCGUCGCUGGACGUGGGACGUAUCGGUAUCAGGGGCAAACCUGCUGCGGAAGUUGCAAAACCAACAACAGUGGGCAACAGUAGUGCCGUGCUGGUGGAGACCGAUACGGGUCAGAAAUCGAACCCACCAGUACCGCCACCGAGGGCGACAAUCAAAGUGGUCAAGAAACAGUUGGAACUGGCGACCGACACACUCGGGGCAGCGCCCUGCAACAGCAAUAAAGACAACCUGGCUGGUGUCUCGGGGCUAGUGCCAGCCAACAGCAGCGAUAGCAGUAACAGUAGCAGCACCGCCGCAAGUCCGGUGGAUAAUCGGAACAACGCAGCAGAAAGUACAAACAUUGACAAGCGGCCACAACUGACACGCCAGGAUCGGGAAGAUUCGGGUUAUCGCACCGGCCAGGAUUCCGAGCACGACUCAUGCUGGACCAACAACGAUGGACCUCAGCUGAGCAAGAAACAUUCGGCGUCUUCGACGGCUUCGACGACUGUUUCUCACACGACCCCGUCACCCGGUGCCGAGCGUGGUGGUAAGGUUUCGGCCACUCAAGUAACCAAUGACCUGAAUCGAAAGACCACAAUAGCAACGGCGUUAGUGGUGAAUUCAACCAGCAUGCUUUCACCCACGGGCAGCGCUCGAUGUCGUAGCCGAGAACGGCCGUUGGUACCGGAUUUGGACGAUUUCGAUGUGGAUGAGUUCAUGAUGUCGCUGGAGGAUCUACAGCGACGAUCACCUGCCACGGCAAAGGACUACAAGCAGUCGUUGUUCUGCCGUACCAGUAGUACCGUUACCGGUGGCAGUAGCAUCGUCGGUCAAGGCACCAGCGCCGGCAGCAAGCGAAGCAAUAGUCUCGAUAGUAGCAACAGCCUCACGAACCAUUUCGAUCGCAGCACCGAUGGGAGUAGCGGCGUGCCGAGAGUGGAUUUGCGUGUGCGGAAUGGUAGCGGCACACCCAGUAACCAUAAUAGUAGCAAUAGUAGUAGUAGCAUUAGUAGCCCUAGGCAUUACGGAAGUAGCUUCAGUAGUAGUACCGCUUACUACAGCAACGCAAUCAAUAACAACACCACACACAAUCACAGUACUAGCAACGGCAAUGGUGGCAGCUCGUCGAAAGAAGCACCGUCGUCGUCCGAAGCGCUUCGUCCACUCGCUCAGCGCUUGAACUACGCCCGGAAUUCGCCGAUCCUCAGCCGGCGAGCGAGCCAAGAAUCGACACCCUACUCACCAUCACCACCGGGCGGAGGAAGCAAUGGGUCCGCUUCGACGGUACAGAACUUACCGAACAUUCAUCAGGCCAGCGCCACCGGGGCCGGUCACCAUCACGAAAGUGGCACCGCAAACAAUAAUAACCACUCUGCCAGACCGUACUACUCAACCCCAAGCCCAGUAAACGGUAGGAGCAUUCGCUAUAGUAACAGUUCUUACCAAGCUAACUCCGGGGCACCAGCAGCUACUACACCGGCUUCAUCCUCCUUGGCAGGGUACUUCCACGAGCCGCGGUACCCUCCGGAAUCGUUCGAUCAUCUUGAGCGCGAUCUGCUCAAAAGCGUCCAAGAGCUGGAUCGUAUGUGCGGAUCGUCUUCCUCGGUGUGUUCGAUCGAUUCCGAAGAGCUGUACAGCGUGGAGGAUUACCCGCUCCACAAGCGUCCAUCGGAGCGUUCACAGGCGAGUGCCGAUUCAGCGUACCGCAGCAGCCUGUCCACGCAGUCGCCACCGGAUUACGCCCCGCCGGUACCGAUACGUCAGGGUUUCCCGGGUUCGCGCAGCUCAACUGGCCAACCACCGCAAUCGCUGGAUUCAACGGACAGUGCUUAUAAUGCGCAUCAUGCACCGACGUCCCUUCCGCCACUAACUAACCUGGGCACACCGAAAGCCGGCAAGUCAGAAACGCAUCCGCACAAAGACAGUGAUUCCGUUGCUGGGUUGAUCAUGAAUCCAAUGUCCAAAUUUUGUCACGAGUGUGGGGCACGCUUCAUGAUAAGCAGCGCCAAGUUUUGCAUGUCCUGUGGCGUGCGACGAAUCAUGCUGGAAUAGAUUCCCGCUUCCAGUGCGAGGAAUUCUUUUCGGUUUCAGUUACUGUAAAGAUCCUUUAAUUUAACAAACAUAACGCGCUUCAUAAAUCAGCGACGUUGUGCGCAGAACUAGCCAGGAUUAGUGUUUCUUUUACGUUACCACACCGAACAAUGUAAUACUGUAACAGUUUCACUCAUAAUGAGGUAAUCGAUUUGAAAUGAAAUAGAAUAACCUAUUGUCAGCAGACCAGCAUAUUACAGUACACCGCAUAUUAACAAAGACUGAAAAUCAAUCCUAUAAAAAUUGGGCAAACAAAAUGAGGUGCGAUGGUUGAUUAUCUUCCCAUUUCCGCAUUUACUACCAUGCUCUAACACAACGAAUAGACCUAAGUUUAAGACAAGUCCCUGUGGGGUAAGCUAGUUGACCGAGAUUUGUACCGUCAAACGAAUAAGCCGUGCUCGAGCAAUACAAGAAUACUGCAAAAUUGUUUUAUAAUUUAUUUUAACGCUUCUAUUUCGAGUUCAACCUUCGGUUUUGGACGAUACUUUAUCGGUUUUAAUUUUUUUUAAUAAACAUUAUCCAACAAUCAGCAUCGAGGGUCAUGGAGAGAGCACGGAUUGUACAGCAGAUUGAUUCAACACAUUGCAUUAGACGUGCGCGCACCGUCUUUAGAAGCAUUGUUAAAAAUGUUACACUUUCCACCACAGAAUGGCCUUCACGUGAUUCGGGUUAAAUGUCACAAAUUGAUAUAGGAAAGGGUGAUCCGCGACACUCAAGGGAAGAGAAAAUGGAUCGUUUGAAUGUAAAACGAAUCAAUCUCGAGAGAAAGAAAUACAGCGCUAAACGCUAACCAAUUAGCAAUGGGACGGACAAUGAUAACACAAGGAGCGACACUUUUUGUUUUGAUAGUUAUUUGAAGUGUUAACCUUUUAACAGAGUCAAUAAAAUAAUUUGU